AUGGGGAACCCCAUUGAAGGUUGUUGGCAUUGUGAUCCCUACUGGGUUAAUAACAGAAACAUACUAGCUGACUGUGGUAUCGGAUUCGACAAAAAUGCCAUCAGAGUUACAAGACAAGACAAGAUAUCGUUGUCAAGCUACGCAGAUGGACUGAUCGACACCAUAAUGGGAUCCACUGCUAUAACCAUUUCAAACAACUUUUUCACUCACCAUGACAAGGUGAUGCUUCUUGGACACUGCGAUGUCUAUACCCAAGACAUCAAAAUGCAAGUAACAGUUGCUUUCAACCUCUUUGGAGAAGGGCUUGUUCAACGAAUGCCCAGAUGCCGACAUGGAUACUUUCAUGUGGUGAACAAUGAUUACACCCACGGGGAAAUGUAUUCAAUUGGGGGAAGUGCAAACCCCACCAUUCAUAGCCAAGGCAAUAGAUUCCUUGCUCCUGAUAAUCGAUUCCAGAAGGAGGUGACAAAGCCCAAAGAUUUAAUAGAAAGUAAUUGGAGAUCAAUGGGAGAUCUGAUGUUAAAUGGGGCAUUCUUCAUAGCAUUAGGGGCUGGAGCAUCCUCAAACUAUGCCAAAGCAUCGAGAAUGGCAAAAAGACCUUCCUCUAUAGUGGGCUCUAUAACUACAAAUUCAGGUGUUCUCACCUGCACUCAGUCACUAAUUACUAAAGGGGAAUAUAUUAGUAAUCUUAUUCUCAAAUUUGAAGCGUAG